UUUUUAGUUUUCUAUAACCUCGAAGCGGGUGAUUUCAAUCCACCUAAAAAAAUAUUGAAUUGAGUGCGUUCAGUAAAAAUGAUUCUGUUUAUUCUGAAAAAUAUUUAACAGUGUAGUACGUAAUUUUGUGAAGUCGAUUCUUUCGAUCAGCAAUAAAAAGUAUUAUACAUUGCAGUUGUUAUCAGUAACAAGACUAAUACAAUACGUCAGCUAUUCGGCUCUACGUGAAAUGGACAACAACACCUCCAGCUCUGCUAAUUUAGCUGACGAAGCUGACAAUGAAAGAAGUGCAGUAAAUGGUGAAAAUGAUGAAGAAGAUCCAGAAUUUUCUACUUAUUUCACCGAUCAAAAGGUUGAUAUUCCCGAAAUUGAUAAGCCUGGAUUUAGUUUCCCUAAACUUUUGGCUUAUACCGGUCCUGGAUUUCUGAUGUCAAUUGCGUAUCUUGAUCCUGGGAAUAUUGAAUCUGAUUUGCAAAGCGGUUCUAUUGCAAAAUAUCGACUUUUGUGGGUUCUACUAUGGGCAACAAUUUUGGGUUUAGUUAUGCAACGUUUAUCAAUGAGAAUUGGAAUUGUGACUGGUCUGCAUUUGGCAGAAAUGUGCUAUCGACAAUACAAAAAAGUUCCUCGAUUAAUUUUAUGGAUAAUGAUUGAAAUUGCUAUAAUCGGAUCAGAUAUGCAGGAAGUCAUUGGAACAGCAAUCGCAAUAUAUUUGCUCUCAGCUCGAGCAGUUCCAUUGUGGGCUGGUACAAUCAUCACAAUUAUCGAUACAUUCACAUUUUUAUUCCUGGACAAAUAUGGAUUAAGGAAACUUGAAGUUUUCUUUGGAUUUCUGAUAACAUUAAUGGCAAUAACAUUCGGAUAUGAAUUUGCUGUUGUUAAGCCAGACUUCGGAGGGAUUAUGAAAGGAAGUUUAAUUCCUUGGUGCUCAAAUUGCGAUCCUCAAGUUCUUCUUCAGGCUGUUGGUAUUAUAGGAGCUGUCAUCAUGCCACACAAUCUUUACCUUCAUUCAGCACUUGUUAAAUCGAGGAAUGUUGACAGGAAGAAUGUUCAGAAGGUCAAAGAAGCGAAUUAUUAUUUUCUCAUUGAGGCUUCACUUGUUAAAUCGAGGAAUGUUGACAGGAAGAAUGUUCAGAAGGUCAAAGAAGCGAAUUAUUAUUUUCUCAUUGAGGCUUGUAUCGCUCUGUUUAUCUCGUUUAUUAUCAAUGUGUUUGUUGUGAGUGUUUUUGCUCAUGGUCUUUAUGGGAAGACAAAUGAUGAUAUUAUUGCUGAUUGUCAAAACGUGACAUCUCUAAUUGACGAAGCAAAAGAAAUUUUCCAAGGUGACACUCUCGAUGUUAAUAUUUACAAAGGUGGAAUCUUUCUUGGAUGUAGCUUUGGAGUAGCGGCAAUGUACAUUUGGGCAAUUGGAAUUCUUGCUGCUGGUCAAAGCUCAACAAUGACAGGAACUUAUAGCGGUCAGUUUGCAAUGGAAGGAUUUCUUAAUCUUAAAUGGGCUCGAUGGCAACGAGUUCUUGUGACAAGAACAAUUGCUGUGUUACCAACAUUCUAUGUUGCUUUCUUUAGUGAAAUUGGAGAAGUUACGAAAAUGAAUGAUUAUUUAAAUGCUGUAAUGGCACUUCAAUUACCAUUCGCCACAAUACCAACAAUUGCUUUCUCAUCUUCCAAAGCCAUUAUGGGCGAAUUUGCGAAUGGAUUUGUGAACAGAUUUAUUGCAAUUCUUCUCAGUGUUAUCGUUAUUGGUAUUAACAUUUUCUUUGUUAUCAAUCAAGUAAAUCAAGCGAAUUUAUCUGCGGGAUGGAUAACUUUUGUUGUGAUAUUUGCACUUGCGUACAUAGCUUUCAACAUCUACUUAGUGAUUCACAUGUGCUGUUCGAUUGGAAGUUCACGUUUAUCGCAAUAUCAUUUCGUUCAAAAAUAUGUCUUAAAAAAUCCUUCUUUAUUGCUCGAUUCAGUGAAUCCCAAUUCCUACUCGAGUUUUAAAGUAAGUCGUGUGAUACGAAGACCAAUACCAAAUGAAGAAAUUGUCCAAUCUUGCCAUUUAUGAUCUUAAACAUUUUCAAUUAAUUCAAUCAAUUAAAACAAACCUGUGACGGUAUGUAUUUCAUAUUAUUAUUAUCAAAAAAGUUAUGCUAAUUGAUCGAGUUCAGAAUACUUUUUUUUUCAUGACUCAAUUGAACAUAAUUCAAGAUUUUAAUUAGUGAGCAAUCAACCAUGAUACCAUACCUUGACUUGAAUGCUUUAUGUUGAUUUUCUAUUAUAAACCAAUGUGAACUUAGGAGAGAAUUUCAGAAUUACAUUGUCA